UGCGAUGUGACUCUGAGCUCUAGAAGCAGCUCGCAGCCAACCUGCCAACACUCGCUGACACUCACUCAUCUCAGUCUGAGAUAGAGCGAAUACCUCACGGGGGAACGCCAUCGCUUCACUUGUGCGGCUCUUUCGCUUCGACUUUUGCAGCGAUAAUAAAACACGAUAGCGAUCUGGACGCAUUAAGGACACGCGGAGUUACGGGAUGAAAACGGACUAAAAAGACUCGUCCUUCUCUUGAACAUCAUCGCCGACCGUCAUUCAUUCAUUACCUUGACAACCUCUGGCUUUGAUUGACAGCUGGAGUGGCAAAAAGCCAUGAGACACGACAGUUUAGUUACAUGCAGCUUGUUGAUGGGCCGAUUGUAACCUUCACUUCUUGGGCACAAUAUUUUUUUAAACUUUAAGAAGGAAAACAAGAAAAAUUGCAAAACUCCCCUGAUGCCACGCUUUUUGCUGAGCAACACUGGCGAAUAGGACAAUUCGCAAAAAAGUUGCUUGAAAAAAGGGACUCGCUGCCUCUAAAUCUUUUCUGCGGCGGGACGGGGAUAUUAAAUAUACGACAGAUUCAGGAGUUUAUUGGAGCGCAGCCUCAUGGCGCAAAGGUACGAUGAGCUGGCCCACUACGGCGGGAUGGACGGCGUGUCCGCGUCCAUGUACGGGGACCCGCACGCGCCACGGCCGCUGCCGCAGGUCCACCACCUGAACCACGGGCCACCGCUCCACGCGAGCCAGCACUACGGAGCCCACGCGCCUCACCCCAACGUCAUGCCCACGAGCAUGGGCUCCGCUGUCAACGACGUUUUAAAGAGGGAUAAGGACCAAAUUUAUGGCCACCCUCUGUUCCCGCUGCUCGCUCUGGUCUUCGAGAAGUGCGAGCUGGCUACGUGCACUCCCCGAGAGCCGGGCGUCGCGGGAGGAGACGUCUGCUCCUCGGAUUCCUUCAACGAGGAUAUCGCGGUGUUUGCCAAACAGGUUCGGGCAGAAAAACCUUUAUUUUCAUCAAAUCCAGAGUUGGACAAUUUGAUGAUACAAGCCAUACAAGUAUUACGAUUUCACCUCUUGGAAUUAGAAAAGGUGCACGAGCUCUGCGACAAUUUCUGCCACCGGUACAUCAGCUGCUUAAAAGGAAAAAUGCCAAUAGACCUAGUCAUAGACGAAAGGGACGGCAGCUCCAAAUCCGAUCACGAAGAACUAUCCGGAUCGUCAACAAAUCUCGCCGAUCACAACCCGGCUUCGUGGAGAGACCAUGACGACGCCACCUCCACGCACUCGGCGGGCACCCCGGGUCCCUCCAGCGGGGGCCACGCCUCCCAGAGCGGCGACAACAGCAGUGAGCAAGGAGAUGGUCUAGACAACAGCGUAGCCUCGCCGGGCACAGGGGACGACGACGACCCCGACAAAGACAAGAAGAGGCAGAAAAAGCGAGGGAUUUUCCCCAAAGUGGCAACCAACAUCAUGCGGGCGUGGUUAUUCCAGCAUCUCACGCACCCUUACCCUUCUGAAGAGCAGAAGAAGCAGCUAGCUCAAGACACAGGCCUCACCAUCUUACAAGUAAACAACUGGUUCAUCAAUGCCAGGAGAAGAAUAGUACAGCCCAUGAUUGACCAGUCGAAUCGAGCAGUGAGCCAGGGAGCGGCGUACAGUCCCGAGGGCCAGCCCAUGGGCAGUUUCGUGCUGGACGGGCAGCAGCACAUGGGGAUCCGACCGGCCGGGCCUAUGAGUGGAAUGGGGAUGAAUAUGGGAAUGGAUGGGCAAUGGCACUACAUGUAACCCCUCCCCGUCUUGUAAAGCAAAAAAAGGCAAAGGGGGAAGUCUGCCAGGCAUCCCGGGUGACUUCGGCCCUCACGGCGCUCCUAUGGGCAUGAGCAUGGCACCCUCCUUCACCCACCACCACCCCCC